AUGGUAUCGGACAUGAUGGCGGCAAUGAUUUUGGGGACAGUACUGACGGUGCUGCGGACGGUGUUCGGUGGCGUUGUCGGCGAGGUUGAUGGCGACGAUGUUGGCGACGAUGUUGGUGAUAGGUCGCAAGCUCACGGUAUCGGUUGGGACCGACUAAGAGACGCCUACAUCGAGAAUGAACUAGGGGUGUACUGA